AAGCAGAAGUAGAUGCUUUUCUGAAACUCUUUUGCAUCUUCCAUGAUCCAAUGGACGUUGGCAAUUUGAUCUCUGGUUCCUCUGGUGUGUGUAUCAGCCGGCUAGUGAGAUGCACGAGUAAUUAACUGUGGUGGCCUGGGACAGAGAACCAGGUCCUGGGUGCCCGGACAAGGGGGAAGAAUUAACUACCAUGCGCACAGGUUGGUUAAAAAUAAAAUGGGAUGAUGAGGAUAUUAAUAAUAACUGGCUUCCAUUUAUAUCCAGUGCUGCCCAGUGCCAGGUUGCAGCUCUCCUGCUGGGAAGUCUUGUAUUUCCCCAUUAUUAAAGGAAAAAACAGGCUCAGAGAUCAGGGACCUUAGUAAUAUCUUAUAGCCAGGACGUGGAAAAGCUGGAAUUUGAGCCCGGGAGCAUUUUACACUAAUACCAUUCUUGCUCAUCCCACUGCCUCCUGAAAAGCAUCUUUUGUUGUCAGCCCUACAGCUCUCAGCUUGGGACCUGGCACCCAGCAGGCAUCCAGUAGCUGUUUAUUGGCUGUCUAUUGACUGAGGAAGUGAAACAGACAGGCAACAACCAGCAGUGUAGAAUGAAGAGAGGCACAGAUUGGAGGCCAGAACCCAGACCAGAGUCCAAGGCUUGCCUUUUCUAGCCUAGAGUCUGGACCUAGCACAUACCUCCCUGAGCCUCCAUGUCCACUCCUGCAGAACUAUGAUCACUGACACUGAGUGCUCCCUCAUGUCCUACUUUAUGCCUUACACACAGAUUAGUAAGUGAAAUACAUUUUACAGAUUAGUAAGUGAAAUACAGAGAAGUUAAGAAAGUUGCCCAUUGCAGCGUUGUAAAUCAAGUAUACUUAAAAAAAAAAAGGUUGCCCAAAGGGGGUCCUCACUUCCCGACUUCUACAAAGGUUGUUGAGCUCCUCAGUCUCUCCUCAGCCUCCUGGGACCAUCAGCACUAAUUCUUUGAGACACCUCAGGUCAGUUAGUUGAGCUGCCAGAGGCUGAGGAGCUGAUGGAGAACAGGACAGACACAGUUCCUGUCCUUAGAGUCUGGUGAGGGCAACAGACAACCCAGCUGUUGGCAUCUAUGAUGACUGCUGUGGUGGGUGGGCAAGCUCAGGCCUUGGGAGCACAGAAAAGGUGGCAUCUGGUUCAGCCCCAGGGGAGUCACAGAAGGCUUCUCAAAGGAGGUGACAUUUAACCUGACUGAAAGAUGCAUAAGCGACUUCCCUGGUGGUACAGUGGUUAGGAAUCCACUUUCUAAUGCAAAGGACACGAGUUGCAUCCCUGGCCAGAGAACUAAGAUCCCAUAUACCUAAGGGCAACUAAGCCCAUGUUCCGCUACUAGAGAAAAAAAACCCAUGCCUUGCAUCCCAGACCCAGCAUAGCCAAAAAAAGAGAGAGAGAGAAAGAUGCAUAAGGUAUCUAGGAGGAGAAAUGAUGAAGCUGGGGCCUGGAGCAGAGACACAUUCAUACCUGAAAAUAAUUGACAUGAUCAGAGACAGUGCAGGUUAGAAAUGAUCUGUCUGGUUUCUGCCUGAAUCGGCUUUUUCCUCCUAGACAGUGCCUCCUCAUGGCAACGUGAGUGCCUCCAACAUGGCAUCCCACUCUCCACGCCGCACUUAACCUUCCACAUCUCCAAAGCGGAGGACUCCCUAAUGUCAUAAUCCAGAUUGGGGCAACAAAGGAAUACAGGAAGGUUAGCAGUGAGAUCUGGAGGAGGGCAUGGCAACCCAUUCCAGUAUUCUUGUCUGGAGAAUCCCCAUAGAUAGAGGAGCCUGGUGGGCUACAGUCCAUGGUAUCGCAAAAAGUCGGACAUGACUGAGCAAUUAAGCACAGCAAUGAGAAGGUCCUUCAUACUGAUGCCCAUCCCCCCCAUUCAUUCGGUCCCCAGGGUGGCAGCCAACUUGCUGACGUAGAAAUUCUGCCCAUGUGAACAAAGCUGUCAGCACAGAAAUGUUCCUCCUGUCUUCCUGGCCAUUUGUGCUCACCUGGGUUGUCAGGUCUCCCACGUGCUGGGACAUUUAGCUGGGCACACCCCGCUCCCAGCCUUCUGUAGCCAGCAAGCCAAAGUCACUCCAGCUUCAGCAAGAGAUGAAUCACCUUUACUCCUGCCCUAAUAGAUGUGGGGCCACUUCCCACUCUCAGAUGGCUCUGCCCGCUCCCUGAAAUAUUUUCCGAACACUCAUCUCACUUCCUCAUUCUUGUACAGAGAUACAAGCUUUGGAUUCAUAGCUGAGGUCCUUCUGUGCUUUCCCAGGACUUUCACUUUGGAGCUAGUGGGGGGGCACCAAGUCCUGGGCCCAGAGCCAUUUUUCUGGCCAGGGUGUUCUCCCUUCUCUGUCCUUGGAGGGGACGUCGCCCCACGGCUCUGGGAGGCAUGUUCAGGAAUGCGACGGCCAUCUGUUUGCACCUGGUGGGGCCUCUCCAGGGAAAGAAGUCUGGAGCUUCGCUCACCCGGUGUUUGCACCAGACUCUGACUCUCUGCUUGCUCUGUUGUCUCCAGUUCACCAUGGCUAAACGGCUGCAGGCUCGAAGGCUGGACGGGAUUGACUACAACCCAUGGGUGGAAUUUGUCAAACUGGCCAGCGAGGAGGCUGAUGUUGUAAAUUUGGGCCAAGGCUUCCCAGACUUCUCACCCCCAGAGUUCGCCGUGGAAGCCUUUCAGCAUGCCGUCAGCGGGGACUUCAUGCUUAACCAGUACACGAAAGCAUUUGGUUACCCACCCCUGACGAAGAUUCUGGCCAGUUUCUUUGGGAAGUUGCUGGGACAGGAGAUAGACCCACUCAAGAACGUGCUGGUAACCGUGGGUGCCUACGGGGCCCUGUUCACAGCCUUCCAGGCUCUGGUGGAUGAAGGCGAUGAGGUUAUCAUCAUCGAGCCUUUUUUUGACUGUUAUGGGCCCAUGACAUUGAUGGCAGGGGGUCGCCCGGUGUUUGUGUCCCUGAAGCCGAGCCCCACCCAGAAGGGAGAACCGGAUUCAAGCAGCAACUGGCAGCUGGAUCCCACGGAGCUGGCCAGCAAGUUCACAUCUCGCACUAAAGCCUUCAUCCUCAACACACCCAACAACCCCCUGGGAAAGGUGUUCUCCAAGGAAGAGCUGGAGCUGGUGGCCAGCCUGUGCCAGCAGCAUGACGUGGUGUGCAUCACGGACGAGGUGUACCAGUGGUUGGUCUUCGAUGGGUUCCAGCACAUCAGCAUCGCCAGCCUCCCUGGCAUGUGGGAACGCACCCUGACUAUCGGUAGCGCUGGCAAGACCUUCAGUGUCACAGGCUGGAAGGUGGGCUGGGUCCUGGGCCCGGACAGCCUCAUGAAGCACCUGCGUACUGUGCACCAGAACUCCAUCUAUCACUGUGCCACGCAGGGCCAGGCCGCAGUGGCUCAGAGCUUCGAGCGGGAGCAGCUGCUCUUCGGCCGACCCAGCAGCUACUUUGUGCAGCUCCCACAGUACAUCCAGCGCUGCCGCGACCACAUGAUACAGAGCCUACAGUCCGUGGGCUUCCGGCCUGUGAUCCCCCAGGGCAGCUACUUCCUCAUCACAGACAUCUCGGACUUCAAAAACAAGAUGCCUGACUUGCCCGGAGCGGCAGAUGAGCCCUACGACAGACGCUUCGUCAAGUGGAUGAUCAAGAAUAAGGGCUUGGUGGCCAUUCCAGUGUCCAUCUUCUUCAGCGUGCCACACCAGAAGUUCUUUGACCACUAUAUCCGCUUCUGUUUCGUGAAGGAUGAAUCCACGCUCCGGGCCAUGGACCAGAAGCUGCAGAAGUGGAAGGCUGAGCUCACGCCCUGAGGUCGUGACAUCAGCCCUGGGCCCUGCCUGGUGCCUGCACACUCUGUAAGGCUCUGUCUUUGUCCAGCUCUCAGCCAUCCCCAGGUGGCAGGUAGAUGGUACUGGAGGAGCCCCUCUCUGUAACACAGAAUGAUCCCAGGAAGAGUCCUGCUUUUGGUCUUUGGGGAGUCGGGAGCACUUCUUAAUGGUGUGUGGCUCUGUUCCUGUCGCAGAGGUGAGGGAGGCCUGGCCGGGGCCUCUCCCUGGUGCUCCCUGUGCUGGGCCGAAUGGUCUUGGGUCCCCUCGCCCCUCCCCAGGCUCAGCUGGGACUCCAAGGGCAGACUUCAAUAAUGUACUGGCCUUGGUCCCAGUCCUGGCCCCAGCCAGGCUUCAGACAUCCUUCCCUUUCCUUAUCUACAUUUGUUCUUGGGAAGUUGUAUUUAGGCUUGAGUCCUCAAGCCAGUACUUUUUGCCCACAAUAAAGUUUUAAGCUAUUCAGACCCUUA